UCCAGACGAAACCAUCAUACAACGAUCCAUAUAGACGGCAUCGGUUGCCCGGAGGGAAACAUAGCAAUGGCGGAAUCACAGAACCUGGAGCAGUUCAAAGGGCAAGCUCGCCUACCCAAAUUCGCUAUCCCAAAGCGAUACGACAUCUUCCUCAAGCCUGAUCUUGAUGCAUGCAAGUUCACCGGUACCGUCGAGAUCGCCGUCGAUGUGGUUGAGGAUACGCGGUUCCUGGUCCUCAAUGCCGCCGAGCUCACCGUGGAGAAUCAGUCGGUCUGGUUCAGUGGUCAUGGCUAUUCUGAGGUAUUGCGUCCGUCAGAGAUUACCAUAGUUGAAAAUGAUGAAAUACUGGUGCUUUUGUUUAGUGAUGUUCUUCCACACGGGGAAGGAUUUUUGUGGAUUGGAUUUGAAGGAACCCUAAAUGAUCGAAUGAAAGGAUUUUACAGAAGUGUUUACAAGCAUAAUGGUGAGAAUAAGAAUAUGGCGGUGACCCAGUUCGAGCCCGCCGAUGCGAGACGCUGCUUCCCUUGUUGGGAUGAACCUGCAUUCAAGGCUUCAUUCAAGAUAAUUUUGGAAGUACCUUCUGAUCAUGUAGCAUUGUCAAAUAUGCCUGUUACUAAAGAAGAAGUCAACGGGAAUGUGAAGAAGCUAUAUUACCAGGAAUCUCCCAUUAUGUCUACUUAUUUGGUUGCUGUUGUUGUGGGCUUGUUUGAUUUUGUAGAGGCCUCCACAACUGAUGGGAUUAAUGUUCGAGUCUAUUGUCAAGUGGGUAAAAGCAAUCAAGGAAAAUUUGCUUUGGAUGUAGCUGUGAAAACAUUAGAUCUUUAUAAAGAGUACUUUGCAGUUCCAUAUCCACUUCCUAAACUUGACAUGAUUGCCAUUCCGGAUUUUGCUGCUGGCGCCAUGGAGAACUAUGGUUUAGUGACUUAUAGAGAAACGGCUCUUCUCUAUGAUGAACGCCAUUCAGCUGCUGCAAAUAAGCAAAGGGUGGCAACCGUCGUUGGGCAUGAAUUGGCACAUCAGUGGUUUGGCAAUCUUGUCACCAUGGAAUGGUGGACUCAUUUAUGGCUUAAUGAGGGAUUUGCGACAUGGGUUAGUUAUUUAGCAGCAGAUUCCAUAUUUCCUGAAUGGAAAAUCUGGACACAAUUUCUUGAUGACACUGUUUCAGGCCUUCGCCUGGAUGCACUUGCGGAAUCACAUCCUAUUGAGGUUGAUAUAAAUCACGCUAAUGAGAUUGAUGAAAUUUUUGAUGCAAUUAGUUACCUAAAAGGAGCCUCUCUGAUCCGAAUGUUGCAAUGUUUCCUUGGUGCUGAGUGUUUUCAGAAAUCGUUGGCUUCAUAUGUGAAAAGAUUUGCUUAUUCCAAUGCAAAGACCGAAGACUUGUGGAAUGUUCUAGAGGAGGGCUCAGGUGAACCAGUAAAAAUUUUGAUGAAUUCAUGGACUAAGCAGCAGGGUUAUCCAGUUGUUGAUGUGACCUUGAGGGAUGGAAAAUUGGAGCUUAAACAGUCCCUUUUUCUGGCAAGUGGUUCUCCAGGAGUUGGGGAGUGGAUUGUUCCUAUCACAAUGUGUUGUGGCUCAUAUGAAACUACAAAAAAGUUUCUUCUACAAACAAAAUCAGAGUUAAUUAAUGUUUCUCAACUUCUCGAUUCAUCAAUCACUAAUACUGGAGAAAAGGCUGGAUGCUUUUGGAUCAAAUUCAAUGUUGAUCAGACAGGUUUCUAUAGGGUGAAAUAUAAUGGCGAACUUGAAACUGGAAUCAGAUAUGCAAUAGAAAACAACAAACUAUCUGCAACAGACAGAUUCGGGAUCUUGGAUGAUUCAUAUGCACUAUGCAUGGCUUCCAAGCAGAAUUUGUCAUCAUUGCUCUCUUUAAUGACCGCUUAUAGAGAAGAACCUGAGUAUACUGUCACUUCUCACUUAAUCACAGUGAGUUACAAGGUAAUAUACAUGAUAGCUGAUGCCAGUCCUGAGUUGUCUGCCGACAUCAAGCAAUUUGUAAUUAGUCUCCUCCAGCAUUCUGCAGAGAGAUUAGGUUGGGACCCAAAAGAGGGCGAGAGCCAUUUGGACGCAAUGUUAAGAGGAGAAAUCUUGAGUGCUUUAGCUAAAUUUGGACAUCCUGCAACUCAUGAUGAAGCGUUGAAGCGCUUUAAUGCUUUCUUGAAUGAUAGGGAUACCUUGCUCCUUCCUCCUGAUACCAGACAUGCUGCUUAUGUUGCUGUCAUUCGAGCUGUUGAUAAGACAAAUAAAUACGGAUAUGACUCUCUUCUAAAACUUUAUAGAGAAACUGAUUUAAGCCAAGAGAAAACCCGAAUAUUAAGCUGUUUGGCAUCUUCCCCUGACCCAGACAUUGUUUCCGAAGCUUUAAACUUUGUCCUUUCGUCAGAGGUGAGGAAUCAAGAUGCAGUUUUUGGGCUCUCAGGAAUUAGCUUGGAAGGACGAGAAGUUGCAUGGAAGUGGUUGAAGGAAAACUGGGACUACAUCUCAAAGACUUGGGGAUCUGGGUUUUUGCUUACACGUUUUGUUAGCAGCAUCGUUUCUUCGUUCACUUCUGAUGAGAAGGCAAACGAAAUCGAGGCAUUUUUCGCGACCCGAAUCACACCUGGCAUCUCCAGAACCUUGAAGCAGAGCCUUGAAAGAGUUAGGAUUAAUGCCAACUGGGUCAGAAGUAUCAGGAAGGAGGAUUCGCUUGCUACUGCUAUAAAGGAGUUGGUUUGAAGUAUUGGUGCGCAGCAAUGUUUUUUUUCUUUCCCUUUACAGUUCUAAACUUCAUAAGCUUCAAAACUGGGGGAAUUGAUUUCUAUUUCAUCUAUUAUCUAUUGUCAUGUUAAAACAAUAAAUUAUAAAAACUUUUUUUUUCAUAUUUUCAUG